AUGGGAAGCCAUAUGAGCAAGAAGAGCUCUGAAACAUCAUCCUCUGCUAUCAAUCUCAACACCAAUUUACAAUACACAACUGAUCAAUUAAGCUCAUAUGAGGCAGCUUGCAAGGUUGAUGCAGAAUUGCAAUCCUUCGAUACCAAUCUCCAAACCAGAACCAAUCAAGUCAUCAACACAAUUGCAGCAGGAGUUGAAGUUCGAGCUCUCUCAUUUGAUUCAUUGAAGGAAAUCACAGAAUGCCUGUUGGAGAUGAACCAGGAGGUUGUGAAAGUUAUCUUGGAGUGCAAGAAAGAUAUAUGGAAAAAUCAAGAAUUGUUUGAGCUUGUAGAGGAGUACUUUGAAAACAGCUUGCAGACUUUAGAUUUCUGUACUGCAUUGGAGAAGUGUUUGAAGCGAGCUCGUGAUAGCCAAUUGCUCAUUCUUGUUGCUCUUCAACAGUUUGAGGAGGAAACCGAAAUGGGAGGCAGUCGAUACACGAGGACUUUGGGCGAAUUGAAGAAUUUCAAGGCUAUAGGUGAUCCUUUUACUGAAGAGUUCUUCCAAAUUUUUCAAUCUGUUUACAGGCAACAAAUACAAAUGCUUGAGAAGUUGCAACUAAGAAAGACCAAGCUCGAUAAGAAGCUCAAAUACAUCCACGCCUGGAGGAAGGUUUCGAGUAUCAUAUUUGUUGCUACAUUUGCUGCUGUGUUGAUUUGUUCUGUUGUGGCAGCAGCCAUGGCUGCUCCACCUGUUGCAGCAGCUCUGGCUGCUGCUAGUUCUAUCCCUGUAGGCUCAAUGGGGAAGUGGAUUGACUCUUUGUGGAAAAACUAUGAAAAUGCUUUGAGGGGUCAAAAGGAAGUAAUUAGCUCAAUGCAAGUAGGGACUUAUGUUGCCAUAAAGGACUUGGACAACAUUCGGGUUCUUAUCGAUCGAUUGGAAGUUGAAAUUGAGUCCCUCUUGCGUAAUGCAAGCUUUGCCAUUGAGGAGGAUGCAGUUACAGUUGCAAUUGAGGAGAUUAAAAAGAAGUUGGGAGUGUUUAUGAAGAAUGUAGAGGAUUUGGGAGCUCAAGCUGAUACCUGCAGCCGUGACAUUCGAAGAGCAAGGACUGUGGUUCUGCAGAGGAUCAUAAAACAUUCCAACAACUAG